AUGGGCACGACCUCCGGUAUAAUGUGGCUCCUCCUGGCACAGUCUGCUUCUGCAGGGCUUCUCAGCGGCCAGGUGCUGGAAGAGAUCUGCGGUACCCAGGACCUUACCUUGUCACCCGCCAACCCAUGCUUCUUUCGGCUCUUCAGUAUGGCGCAGGUCUGGGACGAGUGUGAGAGGCACAAGGACGGGAAAUCCUGCCUUGCAUCCUGCUUUUCAUCCAGCUACUGCGAAAGCUUGUGCGAGCAUUCGCAAAGUGCAAAGUGCGAGGCGCAAUGCCCCAAGCUGGUCGCCUGCAUGGAGGAUGUCAACGGUGCUGCAGCGACACGGUCCUGUUUCGGCGGAUCGAUGCCGUCUUCCUCCGAGGACGAGAGGUCGCCCCUGGAGGAUUGGCUGAGUUUGGCCGGUGUCGGCACUGAUGCGCAGGCGCAGGCCGACCUUACGCUGGCAGAGGAGACGCAGGCGGCACCUUCGCCGGCCGUCGCUCCAUCUCCCCUGGCUUCGGUCUCUCGACAUCAGGUGCCCAUGCCGCUGGCACCAAGCCCGGCGGCAACGGUGCGCCGCAUGACCGACCGGGUGAUCCCGGCACCUUCGCCGGAGCAGGCCAUCGCGCCCAGCCCCUUCAGCGCCGAGGUGGUGCUGAGACCGAGCCUCGCCGUUUCGACGACGGUUGCGACAACACCACUCCCAGUCUCUGCCGCUCCGGUCACCAGCCUCCCAGAACACAGGGCCGCGGCCCCUGUGGCCCCUGCAGCAGAGGCAGCCUGCCUCUGCAGCCUGACUGGAAAGCUUCAGGGCACCAGCACCGGGCGCCUGGGCUGCGCGGCCCAUGGUCAGGAGCCACAGGUGCACGCAGAAGCUCGCUACUGUUUCGUGGACGGCCCCUGCAAAGACAGGAACUUCCAAGCGGCGAAGUCCUCUGAGUUUCCAGGUCUAUACUUCAGAGAGUGCAGUGCCGUCGACAACCUUUUGGCGCUGUUUCCUCAAAGCUGUCGGGCUGGCAAACCACAGCAGGCAGCAGAGCUCCAGAGCACGAAGACGGCGCUCUCCAGACUUCGAAGCUUCGGCAAUGCUACGCUGACUGAAGGCGUCUCCGCUUCGCAGCCGUUGAUGCAUGCCAAGCGGCUCAUCCGAGACUUGGAUGCGUUGAAGGGCUCGGAGAAGGAGUCCAAGCUGAAGACACUCCAGGAGGAGGACAUCGGCGGAUAG